AUGUCGCUAUCAUCCGAUAAGCGCGAUGAGUACUCUCGGAUCAUUGACUCGAUUCUCGCGAAGAGCGAUCUGAAUACAAUUUCUGAGAAGCGGAUCCGCAAAGGUCUUCAGGACGUCAUUGGCUAUGAUCUCACUCCGCAGAAGCCAGAAAUUAAGCAGCUCAUUAUGGAGCGUUUUGAUAUUUUUGCUGGCAGAAAUGAUGUCCAAUCACCAGAGGAGACUACGGUCACAAAUGGGCACACGCACGUUGACUCGGCGCCCUCACCUUUUCCUUCCACUUCGCCUGCGAAGCGGCAGACCGAUAGCGAGGAGGCACCGGAAUCCACAAGUGCGCCACCGGCCCCGAAAAAGCAAAAGAUCGAGACCGAUGUCGACGCCGAUGCUUUGUUCGCGGCCAAACUGCAGGCGGAGGAGAAUAUGCGAGCUCGACAGACAAGAGGUGCAAGCACAAGGCGUGCGGCUCCGCCAAAGAAGAAGAGUAAGCCCAAAACCUCAAAACGGGUGAAGGCCGAGGAUGACUCGGAUGUCGACUCCGGUCCCGAUUCUAAGAAGGAGGUUAAUCGAUCGGGCGGAUUCCAUAAACCAUUGAAUUUAUCGGCUCCCUUGUCUGCAUUACUAGGUGAAACAACGCUCUCGCGCCCACAGACCGUCAAACGGGUCUGGCAAUACAUUAGAGAGAACGAACUUCAAGACCCGAGUGACCGCCGUCAAAUUCGCUGUGACGACGCCAUGCGUGCUGUAUUCAAGCAGGACCGAGUCCACAUGUUCACCAUGACCAAGAUUCUGAAUCAGAAUUUGUACAACCCGGAAGAGUAG